AUGAGUCACUGGACAGAUUUUGAGAUCGAAGAGGAAUGGGAUAGUCCUGAUGGCAGAGGUCAAGUUGUCGCACGCGCUUUUGGUCUUGGCCCAGAACGACCGAUUUUAGAGGACGAAGAGGGUCAGACUCAGAUCAUUCAAUCUGGUGAGAGGUUUUACAUGUGGGAUGAGAUGAAUGAUGAAAUCCACGAGUUUGCCUGCCAGGACCUGGAUUUGACUCUUGAGUAUUCUAAGUAUGGACUUGAUCUGAACCCUGGAGCCCUGGAGGUGGCUCUGAUUUCUAGAGAGUAUUUAAUGCUACCUAGUGACUCCGACUUCUCACACUCCAUGGUUGCCCUUUGCGACCGUGAUAUCAACAGUGGAGACCACUCGCGCUUAUCCGCGCUUAUCGCCCCUUGCUCUCCGACUUUCCCUCACCUUCGUCAACACAUCCCACCAUCCACGGUUCGCGCCCGCUCUCUCCUAGUCAAUAACAUUGCCUUGGCUGUUUCUGCUCUCAACUCUAAAGACAGUUGCCUGACUUCCCAUGUUUGCUUGCGCCGUGGCCACAUCCUGACCGUCGCGAUCCCGAUCGUGGAUCAGACAUCUCCUGCUGAUCUAUCGCUGUCAACAUUCAGCCCUGCCAAUAUAUCGCUACCAGAAGCUAAUAUUUCGCAACAGACAACGGCGAAAUCCCAAUCUGAUUCCUCUCGCUCAGUUCCUAGUGUCCGCAUCACAACUGUUUUUGCCCCUCAAACCCGCCGACUGCUGCCCGGCUCCAUUGAUUCCGCCGUUGCAGAUACUGCCUCUUAUGUUUUGUCUAUAACAUCGCCAAAUUUUCUCUCAUCCGCGCCCAAAAUGGAGGCAAAGGCGGCAGAACUUCUAGCGGUCUUCAAGAACCCCAACGUCUCUAUUGACUCCCGAGUCGCCCACCUGACCGCCAUCAAAUCCGAUAUCAAGCAAAAAAACGUCCCCGAGAGCGCAAUUGUAACCAUCUUUGAUACCCUACGACUUGCUAUCAAUUCUCAACAUUACUCAGUGGCGAGUGCCGGCUUUUCCACCUUGGGCCAUUUCUUGAAGCGUCUUUCAAUCCAAGAUCAGCAACAAUGGAUUCUCAGCCAAGCGUCCAACUUCUAUCCCAUCUUGUUGGAGCGGCUGGGUGAUCACAAAGAACGCGUGCGGGCCCAGUCUGCAUCCAUCUUCACUGAACUUUGGUUACACGCAAAUAACGAAGCUGAGUAUUAUGUGUUGCAGUGUGCUCUAGUGGACACCACCCAGAUGACGAAGAACCACGGUUUGUUAAUCCGACAGUACGUGCCCCCACUGGUUGCGUGCUUAGAAGAUGCCGACAGUUCUGUUCGAGACACGGCCAGAUCAGUUGUGGUGGAAUUGUUUCGAAAUGGUUCUGCGAGGGCCAAGUCAGACCUACAAAAACAGAUUGCGGCUCGUGGGGUGAGGAAGUCGAUCGCGAACGCCAUUUUGUCAAGCAUUGGCCUUGGGUCUGGAGAAUCGGAAAGCUCAAAUAGACCUGUCUCCCGUGUCGAGCGGCCGAUCUCAGUCAUGUCGUCCCGCUCCCAUGCUGUCGAAUUACACGAUGAUGAACACGAAUCGCGAAACCGACCAGUCCCAUCAAGAGGCCAUCAAGAUCGCUCGACACCUGGGCCCCCAGAAGCCCCAAGUCGACCCAAGACCCCGGCUGAGGCACCUCAUACCCAGAAGUCCCUUCCGGAGGAGGAUGGCGUUGAGCCCUUGCUAGUUUCAUCGUCUCGAGAUGUUGAAGAUACCAUACGGGAUAUGGCCUAUUGGUUUGAAGGCAAAGAAUCCGAGGACAAUUGGAUGAAACGUGAAAAAAGCGUUAUCCUUCUCCGAAGACUCACCCGUGGUAACGCGCCCCAUGAAUUCUUGCAUGCUGGCUGCCUCCUGAUCCAAGAUAUCGCGCGGAUCUGUGGCCCACGAAUCGACGGCAUGGUCGAGAUUAUGAUGCAGAAUUUGAUGAAGCUGUGCGGAUCUCUGAAGAAGAUUGCGGCACAGAAUGGAUGUGCUACAGUCGACGCUGUCAUUGGAAAUGUGACAUUCAACAUACGUAUUCUACAGCACGUUCACUGGGCCUUGCAAGAUAAGAAUGUGCAGCUGCGCCUUUCAGCCCCUGGGUGGCUGCGAACCUUGAUUUCUCGACAAUCUCACCAUAAAAGCACCGUUGAACAUGGUGGCGGCCUGGAUCUCAUUGACAAGUCUCUCAGGAAGGGCCUUGCUGACGCCAACCCCGGUGUACGAGAGGCAGUACGCAGUACCUUCUGGACUUUCUUCGGCGUAUGGCCCGACAGAGCAAAUCUUAUUUUGUCUGAUCUCGACACCAAAUCGCGCAACCUGUUGGAGAAGGACCCGUCGAAUCCUAACGCGGGCCAGAUGGCACCCGCCUCUGCCAGUAAGAGUGCCAGCGGCCCUGCGGCUGCUCGUUCUGCAUUGAAAGAGGCCAUUGCCGCUAAGAGGAAGGCUGCGAACAUGAAUUCCCGCCCUGAGUCUGCCCAGCCAACUUUUAAUGAUACCAAGGCGCCAGAGUCCUCCAGGUCGACGGCGAGAACGGUUCCUACCGGUGCCCCUCUCUCUUCCUUGUCCUCCGCCCCUAUGCGCCCUGCCAUGAAACCACGACGAGCUGAAAUAAGUCGUCCGGCAACUGCAGAUCCGUAUGCAUCUCGGCCAAGCUCCAGAGCAGCCCAAUCGUCUAGCAAGACGCCGGUUAGCUCUCCAAGAUCAGUGAGAUCCAAAGCCACCACACCCUCAUCCAAAACAAUAUCUGCUCCCCGUCUCCGGCCUCACGAGGCAGGCCACACCGGAACAACUAGAGGCAAACCUAAGAAGCUCGAUCUUUCCAAAUCCAAGUCCCACGGAGACCUCGCAGCUGCGAGUCAUGCGCGUAGCAAUUCUGAAGAUAGCGUCGCAAAUCAGAAUUCUCUCCACAGCUCACAGGCUGAUUUACUGCGUGCCUCGCAAGAACCAGAUGAGCUAGCAAAUGUUGUAUUGGAGAGCCCCCCCCUUGAAGCAUCCCAACCACCCUUCCGCAGUCACCGACCACCUGGACCUAGUCAAGAAGCAGCCCCUGAGCCUGUUGAAGAACCGCAGCCUCUUUCUCUAGAAGAGCCUGUUACUGUGCCUUCGCCGAGCACCCCCAGACUGGACCCCACUGUGCCACACCAUUCCGAUGUGGAAGCCGAGCCAGAAUCUCCUCCCAAGAUCCAGCCCGACGAAAUGGUCAUAUAUGAAGACCCUGACACCCCUGUUGCCGUUGAAGCUGACGCCCCUGAGAUGGCGCCCGUUGAGCGUUUCACGCCACGGAAGUCCCCAGCAAGGUCUCCAACGAGGUCUCCUGGUUCAGCCAAGGAUACUGUGGCCAACGAACCCCACUUUCAAUCGUCAAUUCGGAGAACACCCCUUCGGGUACCUCCGUCUGCUGUCAAGCCCGGGGCCCUGGAAGAGGUUUCUCCUAAUGAGUCAGCAGCGAGAAGCGUCGAGCCAAGGCCAAGAUCCUUUGAAUCCUUGGCCCAUUCAACGGGAGAGGAACCAUUGCGUCGCAGUCGAAAGUGGGCUGAAAGACAUCGAAGCCCAAGUCCUCGAUCGAAGGACCCCGCCAAUGCUAGAGAGAUGCUUCCCAAGGCCCUCAAGCGCAUCGGUACGAAGACUAUGGAUAUUUCCGGUUACCGAAAACUGCAAGGGCUUUUCCAAUAUCAUGGCGAAGAGCUUAUCUCUCAAGAUAAGGAUUACUAUGCAGUACUUGGGGCCCUUCUGCAUGAACUCGAAUCUGCGCCAAUGAACCGCAAGGACCACGACGUCAAAACUCAGAUUCUUGCUACGAUCCGCUCCAUGCUCAUCCGAACCAGUGAGAUGUUCCACCAGUAUGACAUUCCUGCGAUGGCCUCCCUCAUUCGAGCUCGCCAGCAUUACGAAUCCAACUCGCACUUUGUUACUUGCCUAGAGGAAGUUGCAGAGCAGUUAGUCACCUUGAUCCCGACUUCAGUCUCUAUCAAAGGUGUUCUACAGGGACUGGACCUGGGAGAGGAUGCUAACGGCGAGGGAGCUUACCGAUCAAUCAUCUUGGGGCUGUCCACCAUGCAUCAAGCACUUGCCCAAGGAAGCGAGGAAAUCUCCGACGAAGUCCUCGCCAGUAUCGGAGGUGUGGUUAGUCAACAGCUCAACCACUCCCGACCAGGUGUGCGCAAGCAAGCCACCGAGCUGUGUACGCUUCUGAACCUCAAAUUCGGACUUGAUCGCGUUCAGAAACUCACUCAACCGGCAGGAGAGGGAUCACUCAACCUGCUCACCUAUUUCAUGGCCCGCCGGUCUCAGUGA